GGUAAACUCAAGAUACAUCUUAACAAAUUCCCAAAUUCCAAUCAGCUUACGGUACAGAUAAUAGGAGUCAUAAGAUUCAUAAUUACUGAAAAUCAUGGUUGACCUUUCUUAGGAGGUACGUAACGUCUCGCGCUUACGUGCCAAGAUUGGUCUAGCUCAUUCCACCCACCAGUACCCCUCGGACACUUAUUCUUCCGACUACAUCUUUCUGGAAACCUCAAAUUCCAACAGUCAUCCGUCUUGCUCUGUGCCUCUGGAGGUUGCUUGUGCCCAUUUACAUCAUUUUGUGUUGCCUCUCGGUGUCCUAUAUCGUUCGGACGACGUAUCUUUCCCAUUGGGGACCCGUUAGGACCGUUGGAGAGCAAUAAUUUGGUGUCUUAUGUUUCAGGACAACGUUAUUCUCUCCCAUCACACCAUCGGUUAAUUGCUUGGAAGGUGUGACCCUACCUGCUGUUUUUGUAUGUUUGGAUAUUGCCUUCAGUUUCAUUAACUUCGAUGUUAUGGGCUAUAGCGUUGUCGUUGUUGCUGCUGCGCAACAGUCCUGGCUGACUUGCUUUAUUCAAGGUACUCCUAGUGAUAGGCUAGCCACGUGCGAUACGAAGACCCUCAGGAGUUCAUCCUAUCCAGGAGUUCAAAAUGUCUGAUAAAGAGAGCUCGUCUGUAAAAGAUGUUGCUCAGAUCCGAAGAAAACAUCCAUGGUAUAUCAUUUUCCCCUUAGGCGUAGCUAACACAGCCCCAGAAGUCCAACACAUUGAUUGCUAAUCAGAUUUAUACAGCGUACUAUGCCAACAACGUAAAGUAAAGUGUGACAGAAACGAUCCAUGUGCAAAUUGCAUCAGAUCUCGAGUAGAAUGUAUAUCAGCAACCAAUCUUCCCCCCAAGAGACGGAAGAAGCGAUUUCCCGAGGCCGAACUACUUGCACGAUUACGCAAGUACGAAGCUCACUUGAGGAACUACGGUGCUGACCUGGAAGCAAUUAACCGAGAGGAAGCCCCACCCUCUUCGAAGGAGCAGUCAAAUAUUACUGUACAACAACUUGAAGCUGGUUGCCGAUCGUUAUCGGUUGGAAAAUCUUUGACGCAUGUUGACAAGUAUGUAUUCUUACCCCUUCCCGUGAUGGACGAAAAAAGCGGUAGUAAAAUAUACCAUUAUUAUUUCUAGUUUCUAGAGCAACUUUGGGUAACUAA